AUGCAUUCUUUUAGCCAUAGACCUAUUUAUGUUGAUUUAGAUCCAGGUUAGGGACAAAUAUCAGUUUUGGAAACAUUCGGUAAUGUAUAAUAUUAUAAAGGGCGAUUACAUUAUAAUUUACAGUAGGUCAUUAACAUUAAUCUUUUAUUAGGUGCAGUCGUGGUUGAAAGGCCAACAAAAGUGGAAGAAUGCUUCUCCCAAGCACUAUUACUAGUUUAUCAUUAUGAUGUAAUAAUUGAACUUGCUUUUGGAUGGCAGAGGUUCUACAUUAGCAAAUGGAUAAAAACUAGAAGUAAUUUCAACCUAUAUUAAAAUAUAUAUUAUGUAUUGUGUGCUUCAGAAAAAAUGAAGUCAACUAAUAAUUACAGACCUUUAAACUGUUAUAAUUUAUAAAAAAAAGUUUUAUAACUAAAGACCGGAUUUUUGUGCAACUAACACCUAAAAAACAAUGAAAUUAAAAAUGCUGAAAUGUACAUAUAUUAUAUAACACAUAUAAUUAUAUAACACAUUUUUCAUUAUAGAUACUUCAAAUUUUAUUUGUAUUGCUAUUUAUUUUUAUAAUAUUAUUAUUUAUUAGUAGACAUUGAGAAUAUUUGAUUACAAUUUUACUAUAAAGUAUUACUUAUGUAAAAAUAUAAAAUUUAAACUGCUUAGCAUGUAAAUCUCUAAGUUCUUUUCUGUAAAAUUAUGUCUUCUGUCACUUAAUAUGUGUUAAUUAUGAAAACACGCGUUCUACAUCAAAACUUGUUAUUGGGCAUUGUUUGUAUUAUAUUAUAUCAAUAUAUACAAUUAUAUUAUUAAAUAUAAAAGUCCAGUGUUUCAUAUAACUACAUAAUAUAGUAAUGAUAAAGGAACAUAAAUUACUAAAUAAUUUCUAUUAAUAAUAAAUGUUAUAAUAGAUUAUAGAGUAAAAAAGUACUAAUUAGUACAUAUUUAUAAAAAAAAAACUUAAAACGUGCAAUUUUGUGCAAAAAUAAUCUUUCUUUAAAUUAAUUCAUGUCUCUUGAUUUGGGUUUUUAGCUUAUUUCUAUAGGAUUUAGAACACUCCAUAAAGAUAUAUAAUUACAUGGGAAUCCGGUCUUUAUUUAUGAAAAACCUAAAUAAAACAAUUUAUUAAACAGAACAAUAAUAUAUUUGAAUUUAAUUACCAAUAGUUUGGUAAAACAAAUUUUAAGUUAAUUAAUUACCUUACCACAAACCACAUUAAAAGAUCAUUUAAUAGAAGUAUUUUUAAUCUAAAACAAUUUGUAACAGAAUUAUUAAUACUGAGGUAUUCAAAUUUUAAAUUUUAAAUGUUUAAACCAAAAAUUAAGUUUUACAUUCUAUAAUAUUUUAAUUUAUGAUUUUAGCUUGGAUAAAAUAUAAAAUUUCAAAAUAACACAUGUUUAAUCACUAAAAAAAAGAAACAUUUUAAAAUUAAUACAUAUUACAUGCAACACUGUUUGAUGUAUAACUAUUAACAAUUGAACUGUUUUUCAUUUUAAUCAUUGUAAUAAGCUUAUUAAAAAUACAAAUAUUAAAAAAAAAUAUUUUUAAGUAAUGAUUUUUACAAAUAGUUUGAUAAAACAAAUGUUUUGUUAUAUUAUUAAUAGUGAUUGUAGUUUAUUUAAAAUUUAAACUAGUUUACUUUAUUUAUAACAUUAUUUAUUUUUCAGUAUAUUAUUUUUGGGUAAUUAUCAAUAAAUGCAGAUGAGUUAAAGGCAAAUAAUAUUAACUCUGAAAUUGAAGUCUAUAUUAUUCCUGUGUUCGAUCAAGAGCAUUUCUACAAUGAAGUAUUGAAAGAUGUGCUUUAUCAAAAAGUGACUAAGAAGUAACAGAAAUUUAAUAUCAAAAUGUAAUUAUAUUUGUUAAUUUUAUAAUUAAUUGUAUUUCUUCUAUACUUAGUUGUAAGGAGUAUUACAGAGAAGCGCAUAAUAUUCCCAGAUACUUUUAAAGUUCUACUAGAAAAACAUUACAUCAUCUUACAUUUGUGAUUGUGAAGUUAUGUAAAUAAUAUAUAAUAAUAUAAGUGUACUGAAACAGAGCUCUACACGUUCCUAAUAUAUAGCUGAUAUGUAAAAAUCAGAUUUUGAAAAAAAAACUUAACUCUCAGGUCAAUAUCUAAUAAUUUUAGACUAUUUUACUUUUUUGAGGAUUUUAUUUUAAUGUUUUAUCAAAUUCUUUAGGGCCGAAUAUUAAGUUGGUUUUGAGUUUUGAUAAUAGAUUGAAAAUGCUAGUAGAAUCAGAUUGCUAGUUUAAAAGUAUGUAAGUAUAAUUUAUUCUAAAAAUGGUAGGAAGUCAGUUUUCUCAAUGCUAUUUAUUUUACUCAAAAGUUUAUUUUUUAAUUCAUUAUUAACUAAUAUAUAGAUAUAAAUAUGUUUUUAAAUUUUACUUAAUAAAUUAUUUAAUUUUUAUUUUUCUAUUAAUAUAUUUCUAUAUGGUUAUUUUAAAUACUAUCCAUACAACAAAUUAGUAUAAAUUGUUCUCACUUCUUAAUUAAAAUAGAAAAUAUGUAUUAAUAAUUGUAAAAUUUAUGUUGUGAAAUAUUUAUUUAUAAUUAUUUAUAACCAUUGGGCUACCAUUAAAACAAAAUAAAUAAAUAAUUAUUUAAAUAUGUGGAACAUAUAAGAUAUAGGUAUCUAAUUGUAUAUUAUGUAUACAUAAAAAAAACGGACAUCGCACCAUAGAUGGGCCACUUUUGUAGUUGAGAAUUUGGGAAAGUAGGAUUUAGAUGAGAAUUCAAUUUAUAUCUAUGCAAUUAUUAAUCAUUUCUAAUGAAAUAUUAUUCUUAACAGAUUUCACUUUUGUAGUUGAGUAAUUUUAGUAAAAACAAUUUCCAUUUUCACAACAAUUGUUUAAAAAAAGAUUAAAAGAUUUAAAACAACAAAAACUUAUUAAUAAAAAUAAAUAAAUCAAAAUAGUUGCUAAUGACAACUUUACUUGUAAUCUUUUAAUAUUUUUUUUUAAUCAAUAGAACCAGUUAGGGUAGAUGUAUAAUACGCCUGAGACAGACAGAGAAUAUGAAUCGAGUCAAUGACCAGUGACUAAUAAAGUCUUAUUGAUGAUAUAUUAUCGCCAGAUGAUAUAUAUAUAUAAACUUGUUAUUAGGCAAUUAGGAAAACUGUUACAUAAAUAAAACAUAAUUUUUGAAUGUAUCUAGUGUCUUAAUCAUAAAAAGAUACUAGAUACAAGUCAAAAAAAGUAUUUAAAACAAGAUACAAUUGUAUCUCAGAUACAUAUCUGAAAUAUUAGUAUCUAAGAUACUACCCAGUUCUGGUUAUAGCAAAAUGAGUGAAGCAUUAGUGGACUGUGGUUCUGUUAAAAAUCAAUUUAUAUGGUACACACAUAUAGGUAAAUUUAUUCAAUUAGUGGGCAAUUUUUAUUUUUUUGUAUUCAAUUCACUUCAAAAAAAAAAUGAAUCGAAAAAUCAAAUUAGAAAUUAAAUAAUUAAUAAUGAUAUUAAUAAAAUUAAAAUACAGUUUUAACAAUUUGUUAAAAAUAUUGCUAAUAUUGAUCAAUUCAUGAAAUAGAGUAAUUAUUAUCAGUCAUAUUUUGCGCAUUCUAAGAAUUAUAAAAUUCAUUUGGCCAUUUCAAAAAAAGAGCAAAAAAAUUAUCAUUUCAUGAAUUGGACAAAUUUACCUUUGUGGUGUAACAUAUAUAUUAUUAUUUGUGAAUAUUAUUUUAAUUGGCAUUAUUAUAUUAAUAUUAUAAUUGUUAAAUUUGUUUAUCAUUUCUAUAUUUAUUUAAUUAGUUUUUUGAUUAUUAACUACUAAAACAAUUUGUUUGAUGUUUGUUUCUUUAUUUACUUUAUAAUAUUAUUAUUUACAUACAUUUAAAAAAAAUUAUAAUCCAAAAUAAUAGGAAUGUACUUGGGGAGUACUUGUUAGAAUUUGUUUUGUCUUUUUAAUUUUCUAAUCCAUUGUUUUUUUAAUAUGUCCAAUUAAUAUAUGAUUUAUUUUCAGGUUCAAUUGACUCAAGUAUAGUCAAAAUUAAUUUAUUAGAUACUUUUACUGAAAAAAUGAAAUACGUGAUUAAGAGGUAUUUGCACAUUAAUUGGUAAUGAUUUGACAAACGAAGUACGCUACAAGACCAAUCGCAGAAGAAAUUACUGGAAACUCUUUUCUGAAUUUGCCAACAAAUCAGUAUUUAUCACUAAAAGAUGAUCAGAUUCGAGAAUUUAUUUUUACUAUUACUGUAAAAGAAAUAUUGUUAUUAUUCUUUAAUUUACAUAAAUGAUGAGUAAAUUAUUAUUAUAUAUUCAUUUUUUUUUUUUUUUUUUUGUGGUCGAACAACCUGAGUACAUAAAUAACAAGUAUAAUGAUAAUACAAAAAAAAAAAACAAAUGUAUAAUACAUAGUUGUUAAGCUGUGGUAAACCAAAAAUAAAUACUAUACAUAUUAGAUAUUAACAAUGACUAAUAUUAUAUGGUUUUUACAAAUCAACAUUAUAUUCCGUUCUGACAAUAGGUUUUGUAUAACUAAUGAUUGUAUACCUGUAUAAUAAUUUACCGCGGGUCUUUGUAUUUAUAAUAUUAUUUAUCAACACAUAUGAUUUUCUGGUUUUUUUUUUGUGGGAGGGGGGGAUAAAGGAGGGUUUUUGUAAACAACUUUUACCAGAAAUAGUUUUUUUAAGAAUUAUAUAAAAAUGUGUAUAUAAAAAAUAAACAUAGACACAUAAGUAUAUUAUAAUUUAUAAUACAUUAUUUUAAUUAUACCUAUCUAUAUUUAUUAAUUUGUUAUUAGAUUAAUCUUAAAAAUGAAACUAUAAUACCUAAAUUCAUGUACCAAUUGUAUUUUUAAUAUUAACAAAAAAUAAUUACAAAUUUAAAGUUAUGACAUUACCAAUGGUGUAAAUUGGACAGUGCAAAUAUAGCAUUUGCACUAACACACUUGAAAUGUGGUGGUGCCAAGAGAUAAGUUUGCACCACCGGACAAUUUUAAUAAUAUGUAUAAUGUGUAUAAAAUAAAUUAUUUCCACGUAAAAUGACCAAUUUGUAUAAUUUUUUUCUAUAUAUUCCUUCAUUUAAUUAUUUAUAUUCAGUCGAGUUUUACAUUUUGACUGUGAUAUACCCGAUGAAGAAUUUUUAUUUGAAAUCACUUAUCAUAUUACUCUGGAGACACAUUUAUUCAUAUAUUUAUUUCCAAAUAUUAAACAUUUUAAUAAUUUUGUUUUUACUUUAUUAUUUUAUUAACUAAUAAAAAGUUUUACUGUCCUAAUAAUUCAACACAAUAUUUUGAUUUGUGUAAGAAAUCCAAAUUUAGUGAUAGAAAUGAAUUGUUUAUUAGUUAGUGAUUUACCAACAAGUUGAAUUAUUGGUAGGUUGGAAAAUUAAAUAUUUCACUCCACCAAUAGAAAUUGAGAUCAAUUAACACCACUAGACAUUACAAACUAUGAUGAAAAAAUAAUCAAAAUGGACAUAAUUGUGUGCAUAUAUUUUACUACCCAGAUUUGUACAAUGUCCUAGCCUAGUAUUUCACAAUUUAGGUACCACAUCACAAAGGACAGAAAACGUCAAUGCCUAUUGGAUAAAAUGAGUUCAGUAUUUUUUAGGAAUGGGAAUACCCUGGAGAGAUUGGAUUUUCACAUUGGAGAAUAAGUGGGACGCGCGAACGCGAUCCCCGCUACCAAAAAUUACGCGUCCGAGGUAUUCGCAUAAGGAAUACUCGCAGGGGUCAACCAGCCCGGUGUGCAAUGGGCAAGUCUCGUCCUGGAGGAACCGCCUCGUUGAUCACGGUUAACCUCGACGCCAAGUAAGUAUACCGCGCGGCCGUGUCGACGGCGUAUUUAUAGCAACAAGUCCCACCGAUCCGUUACCGAGGCAUCAUGUGGACCCACCACUCCUAGACGCGUAGACAACUUUACCGACAUGAGGUCGCAUCUGCCGAAGGUGUGCGUGUGA